AUGGCAUAUGUUAUGUAUUUUCUUCUUUUCGGUCUAGUUGUAGGAUUGGCGGCAGUUGCUUCUAAUCCUUCUCCUUAUUUUGCUGCUUUAGGUUUAGUGGUGGUAUCUGGGGUUGGUUGUGGCGUUUUGGUGAGUUAUGGUGGUUCUUUUUUAUCACUAAUUCUGUUCUUAAUUUAUCUUGGUGGGAUGUUGGUUGUCUUUGCAUAUUCGGCAGCUUUAGCUGCUGAGCCAUAUCCCGAAAGCUGGGGAAGUUGAUCAGUAUUGGGAGUGCUUCUAGUUUAUAUUUUAGGGUUAGUUAUUGUAGGAUCCUUAUUUUUUGGGGGUUGGUAUGAGGGGUCCUGAAUAACGGCUGAUGAGUUUAGUGAACUCUCUAUAUUUCGAGGGGAUAUGGGAGGGGUGGCCUUAAUAUAUUCAGCGGGUGGUGGUUUGUUAGUUUUAGGUGCUUGGGUACUUCUUCUUACUCUGUUUGUAGUUCUAGAGUUAACUCGUGGGUUAAGUCGGGGUGCGUUACGGAUAGUUUAA